AAUACUACCGAACCAUGUCUUCUCCAUACGCCAAUUUGCUUCCUGCUAACGGAAAAUGGAAGCAACAGAUCACAGACUUUUUACUGGAAGAUGUUCCUUCGUUCGACUUUGGUGGGUUUGUGGUGGGAACUAAACAAGAGACAGCAUACUUGUAUAUGAAACAAAGUGGGUUGAUUUCAGGUAUACCUUUCGCCGCCGAGGUUUUUAAGCAGUGUAACCUCUCGGUACAAUGGCAUUACGAGGAAGCCCAGUACAUUACUUCAGAGGAGUUAGCCGAGAAUAAGGGCAAAAUUGUGGUGGCCAUCGUCACCGGACCUGCCAAUCACAUUUUAUUAGCUGAAAGAACAGCCUUGAACUUAUUAGCUAGAUCUUCAGGAAUUGCUACUCAAUCCUAUAUAACCAAGCAAUUAGCAGAUGAAGUCGGAUACAAAGGGCUUAUUGCUGGAACUAGAAAGACCACACCAGGCUUAAGGGUUCUUGAAAAGUACUCAAUGUUAGUUGGAGGUGUGGAUACUCACCGGUAUGAUUUGAGUUCUAUGGUGAUGUUGAAAGACAAUCAUGUUACUUCAACUGGAAGUAUCACAAAGGCUGUUCAAAGUGCAAGAUCUGUUUGUGGGUUUGCAGUCAAAAUCGAGGUUGAAGUUAGCACUGAAGAGGAUGCCUGUGAAGCCAUUGAUGCUGGUGCUGAUGUUAUAAUGUUGGACAAUUUCACUGGUCCCGCUCUACAAGUUGCAGCGCAGAGCUUGAAAAGGAAAUACCAAGGUCAAAAUAAGUCUUUCUUGUUGGAGUGCUCUGGUGGCUUGACCUUACAAAACUUGGGUUCCUACUUGUGCAAUGACAUUGACAUUUACUCAACUUCUUCUAUCCAUCAGGGUUGUGGAAUUAUUGACUUUUCUUUAAAGAUUCAGGCGUAACCUGGUUAAAUUUAUUUACAUAUUUUCAUAAUCUAUACAGAGCUAAGAACAAGUGCAAAUAUGAAUUAUCUGAUGGACGAAACACUCUUCAAAGAUACACUCAGAAAACCAGUAUUAAAUCCUAUCACAUCAGAUGCGUUUCCCAAGAUCCUGGAAGUUUCUUGGUCAAUAGGUAAGUUUGGAUCAUCGACGUCAUCUUCUUGAUCAGUAUCAUCGUUGGUAUUAUUAACAUCAAUGUUACUGUUACUAUGCAUAAAGUAUCUGAGUCUAUUUUCGUAACUCAAAGACAAUUGGUUAUUCAACAGAAGGCCCGAAU